CUUAAUCUCGACAGGAACACGCCCUAAAAAUGUCAGUUAACGUUGAAGUCAAAAGCUGAAGCAAAAAUGGUGUUCCGCUCGUCAAUAAUUCCAUUGAUUCGCCUUCUACUACUCCCAUACAUCAUCAGCGGCCUAACGACGUGUCCAAGGCAGUGUAUUUGCCACGAACACAGUAUCGCAUGCUCAUGCGAGACGUCAGAGAAGCCAGAGUUGAUCAUUUCCUCUUUGGGAAGCACAUAUAUCACUUCACUUGUCGUGCACACUUGUGAUAAGGUCACCGUACAAAAUGGGAGCUUCGCGGGCGUUGUUUUAGUGGAACGACUUUCUUUCAUAGCUAUUGGCCGCUUGUACUUCGAGCCGCACGCCUUCAAGGAUAUCCUACAAAGUCCGAGGCAAUUGGUUAUAGAUGAGUGCACAAUAUCAUCGCUUGCUCCAGUUUCAUUUGCCGGUCUUUCUCAUAUUGAUCACUUAUGGUUCCGCAACUCUCGAAUUGAUGUGAUAGCCACGGAGGCAUUCCAUUAUCUUACAAAUAUCGAUUACAUCUACUUUCAUAAAACAAAAAUUGGAAGAAUCGAACGCAAAGCAUUCUCGAAAAUGUAUCAAAUCGAUCACCUAUAUUUCAAGGAUUCAAUAGAAAUUGCAACAAUCGAAUCAGAAGCAUUUUCUGGAAGUCAAGUUGAUGAAAUGAUUUUUGAUGGGGUUACUGUAGAGACUGCGCAUGAUACCUUUUUACUCAAUGUGGAGUCUGAUAUGGCAAUUUUGAAAAAUUGCUCGAUUUAUUUAAUUCCAAGAAAAGAGGAUGACAUGGUGGUUUUUGAUGAGAAACAGAAGAUUAUUGAAAGAUGCCUAAUCGAAUCGUCAUCUUUCAACAUAAUGAGCCCAUACAAGCUUGGGUGUAAUGUGCUCGAAGUCACCAGUUCAGUCAUUCAAAGGAUUGGUCCAGUGUCAAGGGACAUAGACACCCCAGUAUUCCGCCCAGAACCCUUCAUCAUCUCCUCACUGAAUUCGGUAAUUUUCUCGAAUUGCUCCAUUGGAUCCGUGGAUUCUUUUGCAUUUACCAAUUACACAUUAUCGAUUUUAUCAUUUAAUCAUUCAAGAAUCGGCGAGAUGAAAACAAGAACUAUAGAGAAAUCUAAAAUUUCAAACUUUGAAUUUGGAGGUUCCACGGUUAAGCUUUGCAAUUCCUCGUCUAUCGAUAAAUCGAAAAUUCAAAAUUUCGAAGUUUCCGGAGCGGAAAUUGAUCGAAUUAAUAGUGAUUGGAUUCAAAAUUCCAUGAUUAGAAAAUUGAAAAUCAGAAGUUCAAAAAUUGGAAAAAGCGAAAAAAAUAUUUUCAAAGACUCCGUAUUUGAGGAGGUGGAAAUCGAUGGUAAUCGAAUUUUAAUGAUGGACUCGGAAACGCUUCACGGGGAUAAUCAGAUCUCCACCCUUCGAAUAACAGGAAACGACAUAACCACAUCAAGACCUUCCCCAUCUUUCCUCUCAUCAUCUCCACAAUCCCAUCCCUCCAACUUCAUCCUCGCAAACAAUACCUUCGACUGCUUGCCCAAUGACUGUUCCACCAAUUCUUUUCUUCUCAACUCUCCCAAACAUUCCCCUCUUCUCUAUAAAAUCUCAAGUAACCGAUGCCGUCCGCCACUUGAGAACCCCUGCGUUGAACCCCGUAGCAUAAGCCUAGAGGAUCACGGCAUAACCUGCCGAAUUUCGAGUCUUGUAGCUGAUUGCGCAUGUCUUACAGAAAAAUCAUCUAUUCCCUCCAAGUUUCCCUUAAACUAUAACAUCUCAGUAGUGAUCUUAGGCGACUGUGAGCAUCUUACCAUAGACCAAAAGCUCGCGGAUUUCACUCAAAUCUACAUUUUCCGCACCACUAAGCUUAUCGUCCAGCGGCUCCCCAAAAGCCUUAAAGUCCUGAAGAUCUUCCACUCUACCGUAACCCUAGAGCCCUCAAGUUUUCUAAACUUCCCUCAAGACUGGGAAGUCUCUAACUCAAAAGUAGAACAUCUUGGGUUAUCUAAUCUAAAUAUUUCAAGCUUACAUUUAAAAUUUUCAAGGAUAUCCCAUAUCUCCGCAGCUAAGAACUCGAAAAUCAAAAAUCUGCACAUAGAAAAUUGUCACCUAGAAUCCACUCAGCAUCUCUUUGAGAUUUCCCAAACCCUGCAAAUGCACAAUUCGAUAAUUUUCUCCUCUCCCCGUGGCUUGGGAACAAUCUCCAGCGCACAAUUGCAAAACAACACGUUGCUGGAGUGCUGUAAUCUAAUCGAGUUGGAUUCACGUUGCGAUUUGCAUUUUUUUGGGAGCCGAUGUGUGGAAGAGGAUGACGUGUCAACAAAUCAUUUACCAAUUACCUCAGGAUCAAAUAUUACAAGUUUUGAUGUAUAUAUUGCAAUUUACCUAUUCGUGUCAAGGAUAUUACUUUAAUAAACAAUCAAGCUUUCCUAAAA